AUGGCGCCGUUAUCAGGCGCGACGAUAUCUUGCGCUGGGUUCAACGGGCGAUGCAACAAGCUGGCUGAUACCUGCUACUCCUUCUGGAAUGGUGCAGCACUUAUGAUGCUGGAUCGGUAUUGUGUGAUUGAUGACGAGCGGAAUCGGCAAUACCUUCUAGAAAAGACACAGCACCUGGUCGGUGGGUUUGGAAAGGGCGUUGGAGAUCCUCCCGAUCUCCUUCACUCGUACUUUGGGAUGGUUUCGCUGGCGUUUCAGGGCGAGGCUGGACUUGCCCGGGUUGAUCCUGCGUUGGUCGCGACUGAAAGGACUGUUGAGCAUUUGAAAUGUGUCAAAGCAGCUCGCGACUGUGCUUAUGGGGAACAGUCUAUCUUCCGUACCCAGGAGAUUAGCUCUACGCCAGAUCGAAUACGGAAAGCUACUGAUGAUCGUCGAGGCCAGGCCAAUAGGCCCAGAGAGGAGACUACCUGGGUAGACCUUCCAUCCGAAUUCACGUUUGUUCAGGAGAGCUCUAGGAUUUUAGAGGCAGGAGAGGCAACCGUAGAUUCGGAAGAAAAUGGUACAGACAGGGCGGUUGAUACUGUUGAUGCGAACGGCUUUCCUGUAUCCCGUCCAGCAUCACAUAAUGUUUCUGUUGCAGCGCCCUCUUUUCACCAUACACCAGCCACCGAUCACUGCACACCACAAGAACGCGAUGCCUCACUUUUCUCCACCAAUCCAUCAGAGUCCGAGCCUUUGGAGAAGGUUCUUGCUUCAUAUCUCAUACGGCAUUUCAAGCAAGACCCAGGCCAAUGGAUGGACCUUUUCGAUACGACGUCUUACUUUUCUUCAAAAGUGCCUGUCAUCGCGACAUCAAAGACUUUAUUGAAGUCAGCGGUUUGCGCUCUCUCUGCAAAGAAUCUGCGGCAUGUCUGUCGAGUUAUGAGCCAAGCCGGCGUGGACCCUGGGUCUGUUCCCAAAUACGUCGGCCUUCCGUUCUCAAAUGAAGAGAUGUGGCGUUAUCACUCAGCAAGAUAUUACGAUCAAGCUCUUGGUCAUCUCAAGAUUGCAGUCAGCUCAGAUUCGUAUUCCCGUACCCUACUUGGCAAGGAAGAAAUGCUUGCUGCCGUCGCAAUUCUUUGCACUUUCGAGCUGAUGGAUGCUCCUGGUAGUGCAUGGAAAGCUCACCUGAGCGCGUUGCCUCUCUUUGAUGAUAGAGCUGCCUCUGUACCAGUUCAUUCUUCGAUUAUUAUCCCUCAGACGGCUGUAAAAGGUCCGAUAUUCUGGAGCCUAGCGAGGCAAGACUUGUUAUGUGCCUGUAUAAGCGAAAGCCCAACUCGUUUGGACUUGAAAGACAUGCGACUGUGGCAAAAUGCGGGCUUGGCCACGGACGAGAAAGGAGAGCUUCUACCCUACAGCCCAUCGGAUGUGAUGGAAACCCAGAAUUCAUCUGGAAUUGAAGAAGAUAUGAAGAGCAAUGAACUCACGUGGAUUCUCGGCAAAAUUGCAAAUCAUCUCACAGCGGGAGAUGCUCUGGUUCCGGCAAACAACGCAAUGCCACGCUAUCAGCGGCCUCUAAUCGGACUGAGUCAGGAGCAUCUCCUAGAAAGAUGGAAUAUGUUGAUGGCUGAUUUAGAGAGAUGGCAUGCUUCUCUUCCCGCAUGCUUCACUGCGACUGCUCGAACCCGGAGAUUAGGCAGCGCAGCUUUGGGUUUUGAGCUGAGCUUUGAUACCUUCGAGCAGAUCUGGUUUGACUUGCCAUUAUGCGCAGCAACAAUGCAAAGCUAUCACCAAGCGAAAAUAUUGUUAUUGGCGAAUGAGCCGCAAGAGUCAACUGCCAUUCGAUCAACUGUGUCAGCACGCUUGAGAUCCUACCGGCACGCCCUUCGAGAAGUCCUCUACCAUGCCCGGGAAGUUUGUGGCAUAAGUCUUGCCAACUCAACCGAUUCUUUCAGAGUCAACUCUGUACAAGCCUUGUUUGUCGCUGGGCAGGUAUUUCAGGAGCGCAACGAGCAGGAAGCGGUCCUGGAAUUACUUUCUGGAAUUGAAAGGGAUAUCGGCUGGACUACUCGAUAUCAUGUGGCCAAGUUGAAGGAUGAAUGGGUAAAGGGAAGAGAAGGCAAUCACGUUGACCGUGAAGAACAGAGCCAUGACUCCAACUGGUUUAUUUCCUAG